AGAUGCCACACAACCAAGUACUUUGUUCACUGAAAAGUAACUAAUUGGUCACACAACACUUGAUCUCACCGAAUCAAAACCGCUUGGUAAAUCAAAGCACGCCAAGAAACACACACCUCAUAGAACAAACGUGAUCAAGGCAUCCCCAAAAUCACUCUUCAGAUUCACCAUCAUGCUCAUGCAUCUCCGCAUAUAAGUCCAACACCACAACCAAAGCUAGCAGCACUAGCUUCCUCAACCUCACCACCUCUUCUUCCAACUCCUCCAACAUGGCAAUAUCCAUUGGAAACAUGCUCUUCCUCAGACUCUCCCUCUUGCAACACAUCCAAAUCCUUGAAAUCACCAUUGCAGCCAUGGUCUUCAUAGCCAUGCACUAUGUGAGCUCAAAGAGUCAUUAUGGCCUACCGGUUUGGCCUUUCCUUGGAAUGCUACCAUCCUUGCUCUUAGGACUCAAAACCAACUUGUAUGAAUGGCUCAGUGAGAUUCUCAACCGUCAAAAUGGAACCUUUAUAUUCAAGGGACCAUGGUUCACAAGCCUCAACUGCAUCAUCACCUCUGACCCUCAAAAGCUUGAGCACAUCCUCAAGACCAAGUUCUCUUCCUUUCCCAAAGGAAAGUUCUUUAGGGACACAGUUCGUGACCUUCUUGGAGAUGGCAUAUUUAAUGCAGAUGACGAGACAUGGCAGAAGCAAAGGAAGACAGCAAGCAUUGAGUUUCACUCCUCAAAGUUCAGAAAACUAACAACUGAGUCACUCUUUGAGCUUGUCCAAAAGAGGCUCUUACCAACCUUAGACUCAUCUGUUAAGAAAUCAGCUAUCAUAGACCUUCAAGAUAUCUUGUUAAGGCUCACUUUUGACAAUGUGUGCGUGAUGGCCUUUGGUGUUGACCCUGGUUGUUCACAACCCCACCUGCCUGAAAUUCCAUUUGCAACAGCCUUUGAGCAUGCAACUGAAGCCACCUUGCUCAGAUUUAUCACCCCAGUUUGCAUUUGGAAGGCCAUGAGGUUCCUCAACUUGGGGGUGGAGAAGAAGCUGAAGAAGUCAAUAGAGAAAGUUGAUGAGUUUGCUGAGAGUGUUAUUAGGACAAGAAAGAGAGAGGUUUGUCUGGAAAGUAAGGAGGUGAAAAAGGAGCACAAGAGUGACUUGUUGACGGUGUUCAUGAGGCUCAAGGAUGAGAAUGGACAAGCUUAUUCAGAAAAGUUUCUGAGGGAUAUAUGUGUGAAUUUCAUGUUAGCUGGGAGGGACACUUCUUCGGUUGCUUUGAGCUGGUUUUUCUGGUUGCUUCAUCAGAAUCCUGCAGUGGAAGAGAGCAUUCUGGAAGAGAUUUGCAGGGUGGUGAGUCAGAGGAAGGACUUCAAGAUUGAAGGGUAUGCAAAUUCUUUGACCUUUAGACCAGAGGAGAUAAAGAAGAUGGACUAUUUGCAUGCUGCUAUUUCGGAAUCUCUCAGGCUGUAUCCUUCUGUGCCUGUGGAUCACAAGGAGGUGGUGGAAGAUGUGACUUUUCCUGAUGGAACUGUGCUGAAGAAAGGAACAAAAGUGUUGUAUGCAAUAUAUGCCAUGGGGAGAAUGGAGAGCAUAUGGGGCAGGGAUUGCAAGGUGUUCAUGCCAGAGAGAUGGCUUAGAGAUGGUAUAUUCAUGACAGAAUCUGCAUACAAAUUUACUGCAUUCAAUGGAGGACCUCGCUUGUGCUUAGGCAAAGAUUUUGCAUACUAUCAGAUGAAAUAUGUUGCAGCCAGCAUCAUAUUCAACUACCAUGUUAAGGUGGUGGAGACCCACCCUAUGGUGCCAAAACUUGCUUUGACUCUCUACAUGAAGCAUGGAUUGAAAGUCAAUCUUCACAAGCGUCAUGUGGCAGAAAUUCAGAAGCACUUUAAGUUUGGUUAA